AUGCUAAGUUCACUAACUAAUAAAUCCCAUAUAAUCUUACUUUUUAAUGCCAAUGGUAUUAAAAAUCACGUUAUUGAACUACAACACGUUUUAUACAACCGACGAAUCGACAUAGCCUUAAUCACCGAAACCCACUUCACGCUAUAUUCAAAAAUUUCUAUUCCUGGGUACUUCUUACUUAAAACCAACCACCGAGACGGCACAGCCCACGGAGGAGUGGCAAUUCUUAUCAAAUCCCAACUUCAAUUCCAACCACUUCCUUGUUUUUCUCAUGACUUCUUGCAAUCAUGUGCCAUCUCGAUUCAACUCAAUAAUAUCCCAGUAGUCAUAGCAACAGUUUACUCACCCCCUAAGUAUAACAUAACUUUAAACAACUUGUCUAACUAUUUCGAAACAAUAAGCAACACCUUCAAUAACUUCAUUAUACGUUUAUCCUCACACAUCAUCCUAGACAACGUUCUCUCUCACUCGCAAUUUGGUUUUCGAUGUAAGCAUAACACAAUUCAUCAAGUGCACAGAGUCGUGGACGUCAUCUCUUCCUCUCUAGAAAAGAAACAAUAUUGUACAUGUGUUUUCCUUGACAUUUCUCAGGCGUUUGACAGGGUCUGGCACCAAGGUUUAUUAUUUAAACUCCGGAAAUGCCUUCCGUCAGCACUUUUUCUUUUAAUUAAAUCCUAUCUAGACAAUCGUCAUUUUCAAACUCGCGUCGGCAUAGCCUUCUCAAAUAUCUCAGCAAUUAAUGCAUGUGUUCCACAGGUUGGUAUAUUAUCCCCUAUUCUAUUUAAUUUUUUUUUGUCUCAGAUCAACCCACGCUCGCCGAUACCAUAGUUGCAGAUUAUGCAGAUGACAAAGCCAUUAUUUCAAUGCAUGAAAACCCUGAUAUAGCUUCUGCUUCUCUUCAAUUUCGUCUAGACCUAAUGGCGGACUGGUACAACAAAUGGAGGGUCCAAAUAAAUAGUAAUAAAUCAGUCCAUAUUACCUUCACCUUAAAACUUAAAGUCUUAAAAUUGUCCUUCAAAAUAUAAGAAAUCAAUAUGAUGAAUAUGAAAGUACUGGUAUGAAAAGAGCUAAGAAUGAAGACUAUAAAUUAACUAGGCAUAGAAAAUAA